AUGGGCGGCGGGCAGCGGGGGUUGGGGGGCUGGGGAGGGUCUUAUCCCCGGAAGGCGCCCCGAAGGACUGCACGGGCCGGGAAACGGUGCCAACGCCACGAAAGGGGAGGGGGCGGCGAGGGGGAACCACGGCUGGGGCGAGGCGGGCGAUGGCGAAGCGGAGCCCGGGAAACGCAGGCGCUGGGGGAAGGGGAGCGAGUGCGGGUGCAGGAGCCCGCGGGCCAGGGCGCGGGGCGCCGCGCCUCGGGGGCGGGGCUGGACAACUGCCCGCAGCGAGAUGGGGAGAUGAGCGGGCAGGAGGUGACGCGGAGCCAAGGGAUGCCAGGACCGAACCGGCCGGGGCCCAGAGCCAGGUGGGGGCCAUUCCACCCGCCCCAGGAGCCCGUCUUCACUGCCAGGCGCCAGCUGCUGCCAGCCCGGCCCGGGCCCGCGGAGCAGCGCCGACGCGACCUGCGCCCGUGGCCGCCUCAGCAGCGACUCCCGCCGUCGCCGUCUCAGCGCCGGCCGCCAGCCUCUCGGGUGAGCCUGGGAUCACACGAGUGCUGCGAUUGGUUGCCGCACGCCCGGGCCGGGCGAUGUAUCGGCUUCUCUGAUUGUUUAUCUCUGAACUCGGGCAAAAAGCCUGCAGGCAAAGCAUCCCCUGAUGGGAACCGAAAAUACCUGCUGGAGCAGUAAAGACGGGCCUGAACCAGCAAGACCCUGCCUGUGACUGAGCCCAAGACAAUGAUCAACCUGACCUUCACUGCCCACCUGCAGGUACCCACUGGCCUUUGUCCCGUAUUUUCCUUGUCUGAACCCAGAGGUAUUUUUGGCACUUUGGAGAUAAUGUUUGAGACUCUGGUAUGCUCUCCUCAUGCGGUAGCCUCACUGAAAUAAAUCCCUGUUUUGUUUCUCA